AUGGCCCAAAAUGAUCAGCCCAAGCACUUCGUAGUUACGCAGCCGCCUGAGGUUAAUAAUCAACGCCGCGCCACAGAACAGAAGAACAACACAGUAGCUAUUAAAGUCAGUCUUGGCACAUCAGACAUUGAGAUACCGCCAAAUAUGAUUGAUCAGUGUAGUUGCAGUAACGGCGUGGUCAAAUUAUGCAGUGUGAAGUUUAACACAACCAAGGUGCCGCGAUUGGAAGAGACUUCAUCCUGUCUAUUGGACAUGAUUAACACAACAACCAAGAUUAGUAAAACAGAAAAGAUAAAAUGCCUUUUGUCCGCCAACAGGGUUCACGACGUGGCCGCCAUUUAUACGCUUGCGACUGCCGCAUGCGUCCUGCUGAUUAACCGUAGUUCUUUAUUUAUAGGAAGGCAUUGCCGCAACGCAGUCGACAAGUGCACCGCCGCCACCAUCACCAUCACCACUACCACCACAACAACCAUCAUCAUCGUUAUUACUGCCACCACCGCCGCCACCACAGAAAGGAAGAAAAAGAGGAAAGGUGACGACACUCUAAACGAAGCGUACGAAAUUAUAAAAAGUGCAAAGAAGAAGAUGGACGAGGUAUCAAAUAACGAGUUCGAUAUUUAUGGCCAGUAUGUGGCAUCUGAAUUGAAAAAUGUCAAAGACCAAAGAGCACGUAUGCAGGCCAAGUAUUACAUAAAUAAUAUAUUGCAACAAGCAAGAAUGGGCUAUUACAAUAGUGGUGGGUAUGGAGAAUGGUACGGCUAUGGCAGUGGAUAUCGCACCGCAUCAUCAACAUCAACAUAUGCUGAUACUUCGACCCCAACAGGGACACCAGAACCAGGCGAAGCCCAUAAUGCAAAUAGUCAAGAUGUCUUGCACUUCUCUAAUCUUGAGGAAUUAAUUUCCCAGUUGGAAUAUGAUGAUUCACAAUAAAAUUUUGUAAUUUCAUUUAAAUAAUUAAUAAAUAAGUAUGUGAUUAAAUUUAUUUUGCUUACCUUUACAUAGUCCUUCAAAACAUUUAUCAAUUCCUGACAAACUUCUGGUAUGAUCUUGCUGAUUAAU